AUGACCGAACCUUCCCAGAAUCAGACGCAACACCAAUCGACCCCUCCCGCCCACGAAGUAAACAAACCUCUCGCAGCAGACCUCCCCAACCCUAAACUCCGUCUUCACAUCAACGAUCUCCGCCACCCCGGCACCAAAGCCUUUCUAUCUCUGAUCCCCGACCUCGAAUCCGUCCUCGAGUCCGCCCUAAAGGCCAUCAUCCAAAACCUCUAUACCGUCCCAUCGUCGCCUCCCACCACCAAGCAUCCCCCCCAUCUCCCAAUCUUCCACCCCAGCAUCCCUCCCACCCGCUCCGUGACCAUCCUCCUCCGCGACAUCUCCGGCGUCGCAUACACAACCGGCACCGAGCUCGACGACUCCCACAAAGAAAUCCACAUCUCGCUCCCAUACAUCCACAGCACCAGCACCCGCCCCGGUAUAACCCCCGCCUCCGAGCUCCGCGGCGUACUCACCCACGAACUGGUCCACUGCUACCAGCACACAGCCCCUCCGCGUGGCCAGAACGGCCACGAUCUCCGCCCUCCUGGCGGCCUCAUCGAGGGGAUUGCCGACUUCGUCCGUCUCAAGGCCAGUCUGGCCCCGCCGCAUUGGAAACGGCCUGGUUCUGCGCGCGACCGUCCGGAGCGCUGGGACCAGGGGUAUCAGCAUACGGCGUACUUUUUGGCUUGGUUGGAGGAUGUACGGGUUGGGGGUGGCGCGGUGGGGAUGGUGAAUGAUCGGUUGCUUCGUGUGGGGUACUGGGAUCAUGAUGAGGGGGAGGUUGGAGGCGAUGAGGGCAGGAAGAAGGGGUUUUGGGAAGGGUUGUUUGGUGAGAGGGUGGAGGUGCUGUGGCGGGAGUAUGGGGUUUAUCUUGAUCGGUUGGGGGGUGUGAUGGAGGAGGGAGAUCGAGAGGGGAAGAUGAGCACUACGUGGGAGGAGGAGAUUGUUGAUCCUGAAUGA